GGUUUUUUUCCCGCUGCGUUGACUGUGUGCGAACAUAAAUCAGCGUCAAUGUUUUAUAUAAACAGGGCAUUUAAAGAUGGCUUAUAAUUCAUAAAGAAUUAUGUUAAAAAGUAAAAAAUAAUGACAUGGAAAUGACACACGUAAUGAGUGUUUGCUUCGUCACCGCUGUAUUAGGAAUAACUGUUGCCAAUGCUGUCACCAGAGACACGCUCUCAGUGGUAACAACAGCUGCAACUGCAACCGUUUUCGGCAAUACUACGGGUUCCCUGAAUAGUACUGCGACGACUGCCACUACUUCCGGCAAUUUUACGCUCGUUACAUCUGCGGAGACUGCAACUAUUUCUGGAAAUAUCACGCGCUCGGUGGCUACCACUGCGGAGACUGCAACUAUUUCUACAGCAGCAACAGGGCCGUCACCCUGCUCUGACAUUAUUACAGUAUUUCCAUGUAGGAAUGGUGGGACAUGCACAAAUAGUACUUGCAGAUGCACCGCAAAUUUCACAGGGUGGUAUUGUGAUAUACCUAUCAAAUGUGCGGCUUCAGACUGCGUGGAGAACAAUACUGCGAAAUGCGAAAUCGAAAUAAACCAACAACCUGCAAGUUUUGGAGCGAACUGCACAUGCAAAUCCAAUUACGAAGGUGAGAAAUGCCAAACUAGGAAUGACUGCAUCUCUCUACCGUGUAAACAUGGUGGUGGCUGUUACCCUAUGAAGAAUAAUACCAAGCCCUACAGAUGCGACUGCAAGGUCGGCGACGCAUCACUUGACUGCUCAAUGAACGAAGCUGACGACUGCAAAAAAACUCCUCCUCUGAACGCAACGAGUUAUCGGACUUGUAUUGACACAAUUGGUUCAGCCCAGCUGAUAUGUUCUCCGGGCUUCAAAGGUCCAGGCUGCCAGUUCGUCGUCGAUGUCGGUGACAAUUGUACCCAGUACGGGCAAAACUGCAGCGACGAAGGAUAUUGUAAGCCCCUCUGUAACGUCCAGGAGUGCAAUGGAACUAAAAACUGCGCUUUCACAACAACGGCGUUUAAAAAGAUGACGAACGCCACUGUCUAUUGCGAAGCGUUAUUUGCUGAUGGAUAUCACCACGCUGAAUGUUUUUCUGAAGACAUGCUGUUUGACGGAUUUGAUCAGACUCUUAAUAACCUGAAUGAGUGUAGCCCGUACUUCAACAGCGUGUGCACAAAGUCAUUCGGGAACGGGAAGUGCAACGACGAUUGUAAUACCGACACGUGUCUAUUGGAUGGCGGUGACUGCUCGAAUGUGACGGCAUGGUUUCCAGACCCACUCCCGGGAGGCGUGGUCAUUCAGUUCCGCCGGCCGCCGGUUCCUGGGUUCCAUCGAAAUCUGUCUAUGGUAUCGAGGUCUCUAAUUAACGCAACACUCGAAAAAAACGAGGCCUUCCUCAAGGUACGUUCUACCAAUUUCACAACGCUCGGAAAUAUGACGCGAUUUUUAUCGGGCGUCAUCGGCAAGCGGCCUUUCCUGGUUGACUACGUCACUGACGUCUUUGAAUGUCCUGCCGGCCUAUGGAACACAACAAACAAAUGUAAAUCCAAAUGCGGCCACUGCGUGCAGAUAGACGACGUCUGCCAUUGGUCAACUGGAAAAUGUCUGGCCGGAUGUCAGGAGGGUUACCAUGGAGACGCUUGUGAUAAGAAGUGUCCCGCAAACUGCGUUGGAACAUGCGAUGGAAAUGAGACUGCGAUAUGUAAUACGUGCAAGGAUGGUUUCUUCGGACCGCAGUGUAACAUGCCCUGCGACAAGAAUUGCAUGAAAGACCAAUGCAUUUUUUCCGAUGGCAAGUGCGAAUGCGAUAGCGGGAUGAAAUGGGACGGAACAUCCUGCGCCUGUCCGCGUGGCCUGUUCGGUGAAAAGUGUUCAAUGUCGUGCGAUAGUUGUCGUGAUAAAGAUUGCGAUGGGUCAACAGGCGUUUGUGCGACCGGAUGUGUGGACGGGUUUUUCGGAACAAAGUGCGAACAAAGGUGUCAUGCAGGCUGCAAAGUGUGUGAAAAGUCAGGCGUGUGCAGCGAAAUGAGCGAGAAUGAGCACAGUCACGGCCCUGUGGACUCCUCCUCGGAUAACACGGGCGUCAUCAUCGGCAUAGUGGUAGCCGUGUUGCUGGUCCUAAUCAUUCUAGGAAUAGCCUGCUUCUGUUGGCGGAGACGUGGCCAGUCCGGGGAUUACCCAAUCAUGGACGACGACGAAGGCCCUGUUUCGCAGGGAAAAGCUCCCGCACUGGUUCCCACCGUAGUAUCCGGAAUGCAACCUCCAUCACCAAUGUUUGGACGGGCACAUGAGAUGAUCGACAUGGACGCCCCGGAAGGGGUUGUAGUUUACGACGGAAGGGCGUCGUCAAAUCCGGUCACCGCCCAGCGUCCUCCUGGCGAGGAAGAAAAGGGCGACCACGAGCCGCGACAGCCCGCCGAUGGCGACAGCGAAGCCGAACCAGAAGUUCAUACCAAUAAUGGCGUCAAGGGACCUCGAGUUACGUCAUCAGUAACGAUUGAAGUGGAUAGCAGGGGCCGAAUGUUGAGCAUCACAGACGCGGAACUGGUACCUUCCCCGUCCAUGCUGAAACACGACGAGGAAGUGUUUACGAUGGAAGAAGAGAAUCAAACGGGCAACGAAAUAAGCGACAAACCGGAAGUAGAUGGCGGGGAGGCGGACACGCCCCCACAGAGUCCGCUGUGGGACGUCAAGGCGCCUCUAGCGUCCGAGGAGAACAUACUCUCAACUCUUGGACCUAAACUGGAACGCACGCUGUCAGAUGUCAAGGGCGACAACUCUAGCUCGUCCGGAAGCUCGAGCAGCUCCCGGAAGUCGAGUCAGUCAAGCAAAUCCAGCACCCCCAGUUCUGACAAUGAGGAAACUACGGAAAUGUGACGUGGCGGAAUGGCAAUGCGCUUCGAUAAAAAACACUUCUUUUUUAACUUAAUAUAGCCACGUGACCCUUUUUAAUGUGAUAAAAGAAAUGUUAACAUACGGAAAAGUUUAUUUUUCCUAUUCCAGAUACUAAAGAAACAUUAUAUUCAAUAAAAAGAUACUUUAAAUACACAUUAAGUAUAUAUGACUUAAAAAUAAAAAUCAUAUGUAAUUGAUACAACUAUGUAGUUUUUGUCAAUAAUUAUUUAACAAAUAUUUCUUGUGUAUUUUUUUAAAACUUGUAACAACGUAACAGACCAAAUACUGACGUACAUCUAUGUCGUAUACACGAGGAAUGUUGGUAUUUGUUUUUAAUCACUUAUUCAUUUGUCAGACUUUAUUGGGUUUCAUAUGGAUAAAGGUCACCUUGUAGGUAUGAUUUUAUUGGAUCUUCAAAAAGCUUUUGACACAGUAGACCAUUCAGUUCUUCUUAUGAAACUAGAAGCCAUGUGCCUCAGUCCUGAUGCUCUCUAAUGGUUUAAGUCAUACCUUUCUGACAGGCAACAACUUGUUAAUGUAGCUGGUUCUUUCUCUUCUAGUGGUAAGGUUACUUGCGGUGUUCCCCAGGGAUCCAUCAUGAGGCCACUACUUUUCUUAAUAUAUGUAAAUGAUAUGCAGGCAGUGGUUAGAAAUAAACUUCUUCUGUAUGCUGAUGAUUCUGCCAUUCUUGUUGCAGGUAAAGACAGGUCUUUCGUAGAAAAAGAACUGACAGAUGAAUUACAGUCUGUCAGUCAAUGGUUAAUUGUCAAUAAACUUUCUCUUCAUUUAGGUAAAACAGAGACAAUUCUAUUUGAUUCUAAACCUAGGUUAAAAGAUGGUGCUUCUGUCAAUGUUAGUUGUAAUGGUACUCAUAUUCAGACAACUUCUAAAGUCAAAUAUCUUGGUGCUACACUUGAUCAGUCUCUGUCUGGUGAUUCCAUGGCUAGUUCUGUUGUUAAACAGGCCAAUACAAGGUUCGAGAUUCUGUAUAGAAAACGUUAUUUUCUCUCAUUCCACACCAAAAAACUUUUGGUCAUGGCUCUAAUCCAAUGUCAUUUCGAUUACGCAUGUUGUUUUUGGUAUCAUGGUAUUACCGAAUUUUGGAAAGAUAAACUUCGAGUCACUCAAAAUAAAUUAAUAAGGUUUGUCCUUAGUCUAGGUCAUAUGCCACAUAUAGGUAAUGAACAUUUUAAGAUUUUGAACUGGUUACCUGUUCAAAAGAGAGUGGAGCAAGCUACCCUUUGUCAUGUUUUCAAAAUCAAAAAUGGUUUGGCUCCUGAAUAUAUGAGUGAAAACUUUGUUCCCUUUGACACUCUUCAUCCAUACAAGACUAGGUCAAGUGAAAGUGGGUGCUAUAUUUUACCCAAAGUCAAAGGUUUUGGUGCGAAAUAUUUUGCAUAUAAUGCUUGUGUUCUGUGGGACAAACUACCUUCCUCCUUAAGGAAUAUUACAAGUAUAUCAAAUUUUAAGUUGUCAGUUAAAACUCAUCUUCCUAAUAUGUAAUCACUCUUUUAGAUCUAUAUUGUUAGUUUUUAAUUGAUCCACAUUUUAAUAUAUCUACCUUUUUAUGCAAUUAAUUGUCUUUUAUAACUCAAAUCUCUGAUAUUCAUCUCAUGCCUCUCUAUGUAACUACCAUCAAUAUCCAAGGACCACAAUGGAAAUAGGAGAUUAAGUUCCUGUUUUGUGUAAUCCUUGGUAUAAUGUUAUUGGAAUGGUUUCAUUUCUCAUACAUGUUUAUUGUUUUACUAUGUUAUCAUGUAUGUAAAUUGAUUUAUCAUGUUGUAUCAUUAUACUGAAAUAAAUCUAUCUAUCACUAUUCACCAGGAAAUUAUAUUAUUCAUACAUGUGUUACGUAGGACUGUUAUUUGAACAAAUAGAUGUAAAGCUACAAGCUGAUUUUCACGGUGUCCACUUAAAUAUCUGUUGAAUCAUCGUAUGUAGUGUAUAUUGUAAUUGUAUACCAUAUCCUUCAUAUGAUUCUAAAUGUCCGAUGCAAUCUGUCAUUUAGAAGUGUAGUUUUAUAAAUAAAUCACUUCGAUAUAUAAGCUGAUAUUUUGUCUUUGUUAGCCUUCUCCAUAUCGCCCCAUUGGUGCAAAAAGGUACCAUAGCCUUCUAAUUUCAAUGUUAAAUGGUACCUUUUUACACCAAUUGGGCGAUAUACGGUAGUCCAAUCACGUGUUUUUCACGACGAUGUACAUUGUAUUUCAUUGUCAUUUGUUUCACAGCCUUGUAUUGUUCGACCAUGUAUUUCACUGCUGUGUUUAUCGAUGUCAAUUUAUUAUAACCCUGUGUUAUGUACUGUCACAAAUUUCUUUGCACGGUAUUUCACUUACAUGUAUUUCACAACGAUGAACCGGUGAGAUGAGUUUUCAUGACCAUUGUCAUUUGUCUGUUAAUAAUGCAUUGUAACCAGGUUUUCCAAAGGAAAAAACUGGUUAUUAGAUUGGCGAAUGCGGGCGGGCUGGCGGGCUGGCUGGCGGGCUGGCUGGCGGGCGGGCGGAACAAGCUUGUCCGCUCUCUAAUUCAAAUAGUUUUCAUCCGAUCUUUACGAAACUUGGUCAGAAGUUGUAUCUAGACAAUAUGUAGGUCAAGGUCGAAUAUGGGUCAUGCCGGGUCAAAAACUAGGUCACGGAGUCACUUAGUGCAUUUCAAUGAUUUAGCAUGGUGUCCGCUCUCUAAUUAAAGUAGUUUUCAUCUGAUCUUUACAAAACUUGGUUAGAAGUUGUAUCAAGACAAUAUCUAGGUCAAGUUCGAAUAUGGGUCAUGCCGGGUCAAAAACUAGGUCACGGGGUCACUUAGUGCAUUUCAAAGAUGUAGCAUGAUGUUCGCUCUCUAAUUGAAGUAGUUUUCAUCUGAUAUUUACCAAACUUGGUCAGAAGUUGUAUCAAGACAAUAUCUAGGUCAAGUUCAAAUAUGGGUCAUUCCGGGUCAAAAACUAGGUCACGGGGUCGAAAAAACAGAUUGAUUUUGAAACAAGGGGGUAAUUGUGAUGAACAAUCAGUAGCAAUGCACAUUUUGAGUUGCAGUUGUCUCCCUUUAUCAGACUUAUUUUUAUUGAAAACCUGGUUUUAUGACAAUUUUGUCCCUUGUUUUUUAAUUGUAUUCCCAAAUGCUAAGUGCCAUAGUAGCAUUAUCAUUUUCUGUUAUUGAUAUACAAUAUGUAUUCUUAAACUGGCUUUAGUUUUACGAAUGCUGCUUUGUAGAUGAAUGUAUCAAACUAAACAUCAUUCUCUUAUUUUGUGUAUUUGUUAAUCAAUACAAUAUAACUUACCUUA